UUUUGCUGUAUUUUACAAGAUGCAUAUUGCACAGCUUAAUAUCGCGAUAUCGAUAAAUUUGCGAUAUAUUGUGCAGGCCUAGUAUGAAAUUAACCUUAGUUACAAUUAAGGCUGAUUUGAUUUCAAUUCAACAAAUUAAAAAAAAUAAAUAAAAAAUGUUGAACGAAAACGUGCAAAAAGCUCAGAUUUAACCUUCAGCUGUCUCUACAUCCUGCUGUUAUUUCUUAAAAAAUCUUCCAAAGAAAAAUGUCUUCAACUCAAAUAUAUUUUUACAAAACUGUUGGUUUUAGUUUUCACACGGAGAAGGAAGACAGGCCAAGAAUGUUCAGGAAACGGGGCCAAGGAGAUUUGGUUUGUGAUUGAUUUUAGUGCACGGUGGUGCACGGUGUAAAACCCUCUGAGUUUAGCCCACAUUUGAAGGACACAUUCACAAGCCUUUUUUGUUUUUAAAAAGUAAAGCAAAGGUUCCACGUUAUUUUAUUGGUUAUUAUUGCUAAUCAUGGUCUCAGCAUGAGUUUAGAUGCUAAUUUUAAAGGUUGAACUGUUAGUAGGGCGCUGUUGCAAGUCUAUCAUGAAUUUCUUUAAAAACUGGUCCAGGCAUAAUAUUCAAAUUCAAAUCGAAUGCAUGAAAUGUGGUUAGCUGCUGUCUGUAUGUGGAGUUUUUCUGGUUCAUCAGGACAUGUAAACCACAUUUAUCCUCUGCACAGAGCUUUACAUUUUUAGUCUCAAUAAUAGUAUUCUGACUCCAUUCUACUUACUCAAGCUUAUGUCUUAUGCUGCCAUUUAUUUGAUGAUAUUGUCAUUUGACUUGUUGCCAGACCCAACUGACAAUUGCAGACUUAAAUCCCAUCCAAGUCAACAAAACGCAGUGUAAAUCCCAGCCUCUCUCUAAAAUCACCCUAAAAACCAUAAAACAGAUCCUAGCCUCUUGUGAGAAUUGUAUCAUUUGUUUUGGUUUGUUUUCAGUUUUGUCAUAAUGGUUCUUGGAAUGUUCUCAAGCUUGUUUUUUCCUUGUCACAGUCUCACCUGAUUUCAAUGGAUAAUUAUCCACAGCUGUCUUCUUCCAAGUUAAUCACCCUCAGUGUGUUAGUGUCUGGUUUUCAAGUCAGGUGUUAGGUUAAAGUAUUUUUCUUAAAAACAAAAAAAACUUCAUUUUACGGUUUAUUUCAUGUUUAGAUUAUUAUUUAACCUUAUUAUUUAACCUUAUUUAACCUAAUCUACCUGUUUGACAGAGGUAAAAUGUCCUCAACUGAAAAAAGUCCAGAUUACUUUAUUUAUUUAUUUUUAAUUAAAACUUCUUCCAUGGAACCAUCCUGGAUGGAUGAGUCUGCUCUAACCUCUAAUGACAAACAAAAAGAGCUCGAGUUUGGACUUCAUCCAUCAUAACCUGGCUACAACUAGACCAGCUACCUUACUCACUCUGGCUUCUGUCACUGUAUUCUCUGCUCAAAAGGAUGGAAACCCUCAGUGUUGACUGGCUGUUCUACCCUCUGACAAAGGAUGUCUAAAGAUGAAUGUGUUCUUCAUGACUGCAGAGGUUAUUGACAUGACCUUUCUUAGGAGUGUUUUCCCUUCUGUGAGAGAUGUUUAUAAAGUCUCCCCCCAUCAAGACGGAGGAAACUUGAUGGCUACUACCUCUCCUUUGGAUUGCUUCAAUUUCCUGGGCUUUAAAAAAAGGAUCUUCAGUAGCCAUCAGCUGCUCCGCUGUUAAGCUCCUUUGGAUUUAUUUAAACAUUGAGUUUGUCUUUGUAGCUACGUGGCGUAGUACGUUUCUUUCUACUCCAGAAAGAAAAGAAAAAAAAGACUAUAAGCACAAACAAUUUUCAAAGAAGCUCUGGAAGCCAUGUCCCAACUGGGACACCAUUUAAGUACUGGUUUUAAUUGCCUUCAAACUCUCACAACGAUGGGAUGUAUACGGCUCCGAGGUUUACGGAGCACAGGCUGGUGGAUGUCCAUGAGCCUGCUGCUUGUUGCAGUGUUGGGUCAGAAACUAGACGAGAACGACCCAGUGGUGAUCACCAGCAGUGGCAAGAUCCGAGGAAUAAAGAAGGAGCUCAAUAACGAGAUCCUUGGACCUGUCGUUCAGUUUCUAGGGGUUCCCUAUGCUGCUCCACCCACUGGUGAACGCCGCUUUCAACCUCCCGAACCCCCACUAUCAUGGCCAGACAUCCGCAACGCCACACACUUUGCCCCAGUGUGCCCUCAGAGCAUUGUGGAGGGCCGCCUCCCGGAUGUCAUGCUCCCAGUGUGGUUUACCAACAGCAUUGAUUUGGUCUCCACUUAUGUCCAGGACCAGAGCGAGGACUGCCUCUAUCUCAACAUCUACGUCCCUACAGAGGAUGUCAAAAGAAUAUCCAAGGAAUGUGCGAGGAAACCGGGCAAGAAAAUAUGUAGACAAGGAGGUCCCCUAACAAAGAAACACACUGAUGAUUUAGGUGAUAAUGACCGCACGGAUGAUGAAGACAUUAGAGAGAGCGGAAGCCCCAAGCCGGUGAUGGUGUUUAUCCACGGGGGCUCCUACAUGGAAGGAACCGGGAAUAUGUUUGACGGCAGCAUCCUGGCCAGCUACGGGAAUGUGAUUGUCAUUACCGUUAACUACCGUCUAGGCGUCCUAGGAUUCCUGAGUACUGGUGACCAGGCUGCUAAAGGGAAUUACGGUUUAUUGGACCAGAUCCAGGCCCUUCGUUGGACCAGUGAGAACAUAGCGGCCUUCGGGGGCGACCCAUUGCGGAUCACCGUUUUCGGCUCUGGUGCUGGUGCUUCCUGUGUGAACCUGCUAACUCUGUCGCACUACUCUGAGGGCAACCGCUGGAGCAACUCCACCAAGGGUCUUUUCCAGCGAGCCAUUGCUCAGAGUGGUACAGCACUCUCCAGCUGGGCUGUCAGUUUUCAGCCUGCCAAGUACGCCCGGAUGCUGGCCCGGAAGGUGGGGUGUAACCUGGAGGACACUGUGGAGCUUGUGACGUGCCUGCAAAAAAAACCUUUUAAAGAGCUUGUGGAUCAAGACAUCCAGCCAGCCCGCUAUCACAUUGCAUUCGGACCUGUUAUAGAUGGAGACGUAAUACCUGAUGACCCCCAAAUACUGAUGGAACAAGGUGAAUUUCUCAACUAUGAUAUAAUGCUGGGGGUCAACCAGGGUGAAGGCCUUAAGUUCGUGGAGCUUAUUGUCGACAAUGACAACGGAGUUCAGGCCAACGACUUUGACUACGCCGUGUCCAGCUUUGUUGAUGACCUCUACGGCUACCCAGAGGGCAAAGACAUACUCAGAGAAACCAUCAAGUUUAUGUACACUGACUGGGCGGACAGGCACAACCCAGAGACCCGCCGGAAAACACUUCUGGCACUUUUCACCGAUCAUCAGUGGGUGGCACCAGCUGUUGCCACAGCCGACCUGCACUCCAGUUUUGGCUCUCCUACCUACUUUUAUGCUUUCUACCAUCACUGUCAAACAGAGCAGGUACCGCCCUGGGCAGACGCAGCUCAUGGAGAUGAGAUCCCGUAUGUGUUUGGGCUGCCAAUGAUUGGACCCACAGAGUUGUUUCCAUGUAACUUCUCCAAGAACGACGUGAUGCUUAGCGCCGUGGUCAUGACCUACUGGACCAACUUCGCCAAGACAGGGGACCCAAACCAGCCUGUUCCCCAGGACACCAAAUUCAUCCACACAAAGCCAAACCGUUUUGAAGAAGUGGCAUGGACUCGCUACAACCAGAAAGAUCAGCUGUACCUGCACAUUGGCCUGAAGCCACGGGUCAAAGAGCACUAUCGGGCCAACAAAGUCAACUUGUGGCUGGAGUUGGUUCCUCAUCUUCACAGCCUCAACGAGGUGACCCAGCUCAUUCCCACCACCACCAAGCUUCCUCCACCAGAAGCAACCAACCGCACACCAAAGACCACAGUUCUGGUGACCAAGCGCCCAAACCCCACUCCAUUCCCCACCAAGACCCAGGACAGUCACAACCAACCUCAUCUGGUAGACCAGCGGGACUACUCCACCGAGCUGUCCGUGACCAUUGCUGUGGGCGCUUCCCUGCUUUUCCUCAACAUCCUUGCCUUUGCUGCUCUUUACUAUAAAAAGGACAAAAGACGACAUGACGUCCACAGGCGCUGCAGUCCCCAGCGGAGCACCGCAAACGAUCUGGCCCACACUCAGGAGGAGGAGAUCAUGUCUUUGCAGAUGAAGCAGCACUCGGAUAUGGACCGAGACUGCAGGGGCGUCAGCGACUCUCUGCACCCACAUGAUGUGGUGCUGAGGACUGCCUGUCCACCAGACUACACCUUGGCUAUGAGGCGUUCGCCAGACGACAUCCCACUCAUGACGCCAAACACCAUAACCAUGAUCCCCAGCACCAUGGGAGGACUUACCUCACUCCACUCUUUUAACACCUUUCCGAGCAGUGGACAGAACAAUACCCUGCCUCAUCUGCACCCUCAUUCACAUUCCACAACCCGGGUAUAGCCCCAUGGAUUUUCCCAUGAUGGCGGAACUCUAAUGGUCGAGCCAAAAUGGUGAUGGCAGUGAUCCCGUGGCAACUUGAGGUCGACGAACACAGAAGUGUCUGGAGCUGAACCAUCAGCCAGGAGUUGCCGGCUACCUAUAAAGUUACACUGGGAUCCUACUACACUUUGUUAAUACCGAAGGGAAUAUAGUAAAUUGUUUAAGAUGGUUUUUCCCAUGAGGAUAAUACUGGACCAUGUUUUUUGUACAAAAAUAAAAGACACCAAUUAAAAAAAGAAGAAGAAAAAAACAGAAACAGUUUGAGAAAAACAGCCUUUCACAAGCUAAAACAGUGCAGAAGAUGUUUUUUAUGAUUAAUAUUAAUAUCUUUUCUUUUUUUUUUUUUUGGAUCGGAUAUCGCAGAAAAAGCAAGGUGGGAUUAAAAAAAAUGUCUGUUUUAGCAACGGGCAGGAUGUUUUGACAGAUGACUUCCUGACUGGAUUUUCUGGAAUUAGAGCGGAAUACGACACAAAGGAAAAUGGAGAUGGAGAUUGCACUGCAGGAUAUGUGGGCCGCAAAGUUGGUGCCUUCAAAAAGUAACCUGGGCAACGUCAAUAAAGGAGGUCAUGUACAUAAAGUUACAGGUUCCAAGAAGAACAAAGGAAAGACUGAAAACUCCUGAAUAAGUAACCCUGUAUGCACAACAGAACCGCUAUGAGUAAAAAAAA